AUGACUUCGGGACCGAAUUACUCGAUGGCAUCGCUAUAUGUCGGCGAUUUGUCGGCUAAUGUGACCGAAGCCAUGCUCUUCGAGAAGUUUUCGACAAUAGGUCCGGUGCUGUCGAUCCGGGUUUGUCGAGAUCUGCUGACCCGUCGCUCUCUGGGUUACGCUUACGUCAACUUUCAAGAGGUCUCCGACGCGGAGAAAGCCAUCGAUCGGAUGAACUUCGAUGUACUGAAGGACAGGCCGUUGCGGAUAAUGUGGUCACAACGCGACCCAUCGCUCAGGAAGUCAGGCGUCGGGAAUGUCUUCAUCAAGAAUUUGGACAAAUCUAUCGAUAAUAGCGUUAUGUUUGACACGUUCUCGACGUUCGGCAAAAUCCUGUCGUGUAAAGUGGCCCAAGACUUGCACGGACUCAGCAAAGGGUACGGCUUUGUCCACUUCGCCACCGAAGAAGCGGCUAAUAAUGCCAUCAAUAAAGUGAAUGGAAUGCUAUUAAACGGCAAAAAAGUAUUUGUCGGCAAAUUUGUGCCGAAGUCUGAGCGCCAGAACUCGCCGUUCGCUGAGAAGAGCAAACACUUCACUAAUAAUGGUGUGGAAGAGAAGGACAAAGAGAUGGAUCUGUCGGAAGAGGACAAACAACUUCAGGAGGAACUGGAACUGUGUGUCCAACGCCUGAAAGAGCCGAACGCCACGCUCUAUAAGCCGGCGUUGGAGUCGUUGCGACAGCACAUCAAGAGUGCCACCACUUCCAUGACAUCCGUCCCGAAACCACUCAAAUUCUUGAGACCACACUAUCAGACACUUAAAGACCUUUACAAUCAAAUGCCGAGCGAAGACACCAAGAGUUUUAUGGCCGACAUUGUGUCGAUUCUGGCGAUGACUAUAAACCCGACCGAAUCGGUGAACACCAGCGGAGAGGCGUUGAAAUACCGGCUGAUCGGCAGUCACGAGACAAUCGGGUCGUGGGGUCACGAAUACGUGCGGCACCUGUCGGGAGAGAUCGCCACCGAAUGGCAGUCGGAAACGGCCACCGAUGACAGCAAGAAAGAGCUGUUGGCUUUAGUGCAGGACAUCGUUCCCUACAAUAUGCUGCACAACGCCGAGUCCGAGGCCACCGACCUGUUGAUGGAGAUCGAGCGCAUGGAUCUGUUGGAACAGCACAUCGAUAACGACGACUUGUGUCAGAAGGUGUGUCUGUAUCUGACGAGUUGUGUUCCCUUCGUUCCCGACCCCGAGAACACCACUCUCUUGAAGACAGCGCUCAGCAUAUUCUUGAAGUUCAAUAAAUACAGCGAAGCCUUACGGCUGGGAAUGCAUUUGGGAGACAUGAAGCAAAUCAUCGCCAUCUUCCAGGCCUGCAAAGACCCCGUCCUUCAGAAACAGUUGUCGUUUAUGAUCGGAAGGCAACAGAUAUUCCUAAUGGACGACAUCGACGAUCAGGAUCUGCUGGAAAUCAUAUCCAACACUCAACUGAACACACAUUUCCUGCAAUUGGCGCGAGAGCUCGACAUUCUGGAGCCCAAAACGCCGGACGAUAUCUACAAAACGCAUUUGGAGAACACGACUCGACCGGCGUUUGGGGGCGCGGGUGCGGUGGACUCCGCUCGAGCCAAUCUCGCCUCGUCUUUCGUGAAUGGUUUGGUGAACGCGGCGUUCGGUAGGGAUAAGAUCCUGCUCUGCGAAGACGGCAACAAAUGGCUGUAUAAGAACAAAGAGCACGGAAUGCUUUCGGCCACCGCAUCGCUCGGCCUAAUCCUGCUCUGGGAUGUCGACGGAGGACUCGCGCAGAUCGACAAAUACUUGUACUCCAGCGACGACAACAUCAAAGCGGGCGCUCUGUUGGCCUGCGGUGUUGUCAACUGCGGUGUUCGUAACGAUUGCGAUCCAGCGCUCGCUCUUCUCGUCGAUUACGUGACCAACAAUUCGAUGCCGAUGAGAGUGGGCUCUAUCAUCGGCUUAGGCUUGGCUUACGCCGGCUCUAACCGUAAUGAUGUCCUUUCGGUUCUUCUGCCCGUUCUAUCGGACAGUAAAUCAUCGGUCGAAGUGAUUGGAGUGACGGCCCUAUCGUGUGGUCUCAUAGCUGUCGGUUCGGGCAAUGGAGAGGUGACCUCACAGAUAAUGCAAGUGUUCAUCGAAAAGCCCGAUCUGGACGUGAAGGACAACUUCGUCCGAUUCCUACCCCUGGCGUUAGGGCUCUGCUAUUUGGGUAAACAGGAGAGUUCGGACACCAUUGAAGCGGCCCUUGAAAUCAUACAAAACCAAUCACUGAAGGCUCUCUCCAAGACAUUGGUGGACGUGUGCGCCUACGCGGCCACCGGUAAUGUGCUUAAGAUUCAGAACUUACUUCACAUUUGCUCCGAAAAGACUGAAAAGGAACCGACAGAAGAAGCGACCGGAACUGAUAAGAACAAGAAGCCGACCGCUGCUAAAGUGGAAAGCGUUGACUAUUCGUGGCAACAAUCUGUGGCUACCAUUGGAAUUGGUUUGAUAUCUAUGGCCGAAGAUAUCAGUUGCGAAAUGGCGUUCAGAACUUUCGGACAUUUGCUGAGAUAUGGCGAGCCUAUGAUCAAGAGAGCCGUACCCCUGGCUCUGGCCCUCACAUCCAUUUCAAACCCAAAGCUCAAUAUCUUGGAGACGUUGAGUAAAUUCAGUCACGACUCGGACACAGACGUGGCGUGUAAUGCCAUAUUCGCCAUGGGUUUGGUGGGCGCGGGCACUAACAACGCCCGAUUGGCCACAAUGUUGAGACAAUUGGCUCAAUACCACGCAAAGGAACAGAACUGUCUGUUUAUGGUUCGCAUCGCACAGGGAUUGACACAUCUGGGAAAGGGAACCCUCACUCUCUCCCCAUUCAACUCCGAUCGGCAACUCUUAAUGCCGACCGCUUUAGCCGGACUGUUGGCCACUGUUAUCAGUCUUUUGGACGUGAAGUCCACUAUUAUUAAGUCUCAUUAUUUGCUCUAUUAUUUGGUGACCGCUAUUCAGCCCCGAAUGUUGAUCACAAUGGAUGAGGAGUUAAACCCACUGCCGGUUCCGGUCCGAGUGGGACAAGCGGUCGAUGUUGUGGGACAGGCGGGUAAACCCAAGACCAUAACCGGCUUCCAGACCCACACCACUCCCGUACUGUUGGCUUUGGGCGAAAGGGCAGAGUUGGCCACCGAAGAGUACCUCCCAUUGACUCCAGUUCUCGAAGGAUUCGUUAUCUUAAAAAAGAAUCCCGAUUUCAAUAAAUAA